GUAUUAAUCUUGAUGAAACAGUUCUUCAAUGUUCACAUCAGUUGCGUUUAGUUCUCGGGUUAAGAGAAAGCGAAUAACGUCUUAUCUGUGGUAGACUUUGUACAAAGUCUACGCCGCGAAGCAGCGCCGAAACGUAUAGAUUGAUCUUUAUUUAUAUGCUUCUUACUAUUGCUUGAAAAUCAUGGCAGAAGGUUCACGAGGUACGGUCGCCCUAUUCAAAUCCUCUGAUGAAAAUGCAUUAAACGACGACCGCUAUUUAACACUUUUGGAAGAGAAUAAUUUCACGGUUAAUUUGGUGCCUACUCUGUCCUUCGAGUACCAAACAGAAAAUCUGCGAGAACGUCUACAACAACCAUAUAAAUAUUCAGGAAUUAUACUGACAAGCCCUAGAUCCGCAGAAUCCGUUAACCAGGCCAUGGCAGACUUGCUUUGUGCUUGGAAGGAAAUGCGACAUUACUGUGUCGGCGUAAAAACCGGGGAAACAGCUGUCAACCUUCUUGGUCUGAAGAAUUUGGUUGGGCAGACUUGUGGAAAUGCCGAAAAUCUCAGUUCAUUAAUAGUAAAAGAUUUUCAGAAGGGUUGCAUUCCACUACCACUGUUGUUCCCGUGUAGUAGCUUGAAACUGGAUACUCUUCCGCGGACACUUGCAGAACAUAAUGUCCCCAUUGACAUUGUAAACAGCUAUGUGACAGUGCCGCAUCCUCAUCUACGAGAUUUUGUCAUGCAACUUUCUCAAAAGAAACCUGACUAUUUGGUUUUCUUCAGCCCAUCCGGUGUGACUUUUAGUUUACCGUACCUGAAAGAGUUCGGAUUGAUUGCCAGUGUCAAAAACAUAAGUCUUGGAAAUACGACAGCCCAUGCUCUAGAGGAGGCCAAAAUCGGUGUUAGCCGAAUUUGUAACAAACCAACCCCAGAAGCUUUGAUCAUAGCAUUAAAUUCUUUGCAAAUAAAAUAGUUUGUUCUUACUUAAAUUGGACAAAAUACUCUGUUGAGCCUGUAGAAAUAUUGUUUCUUUUUUUCAUCAGUUGGUAAUAAUAUACUGACAUGCUUAAAUCA